UCUGGUUUAAAAACAAAAAAUUGCUCUCUUAAAUAAAAAAAAAUCCAAAUUGCAUCUAUAAUUAAUUUUGAAAAUAACAUAAAAAGAAACAUACAAAAUACAUGAGAAUCUAGACAGUACUCGCCAGUAAGAUUUUGAAUUACUUCCUAAAGAAUCUAAAAUAUAAUAAAAUUCUAUUUGAACGGAAUCUAAAAUAUAAAUAUGGAAGUAAAAAUGUAAAAUUAUCAAAUAGAUAGAUUUUUGUGUUUUAUAGUUAUAAAAAAUUCUUAAAUAUUUCAACGAUACGAAACUGACUAAUUGAUAUUUAUAAGUAAAAUUAUUAAAAAAGCAUUAUAUAAUGCAAUUUUGGUUUGGAAUUGUUUUAUAAUUCCAAACCAACAUUGCUAAAGAGGCAGAGCCGCACUAUAAAAGGAGGUGUAUAGCACUCCCUGUUUCACGACUCUGUAUUCUAUACCAGAGAGAGAGAGAGAGAAAGAAAGAGAGAGAUUUCUUUCUUCAUUUACUUUUUGCGUGUAAGAUUUUUAAGUCUCUGUGUAAUAUGGCGCUGCUUUCAGAUCUCGUUAACCUAAACCUCUCUGACUCCACUGAGAAGAUCAUCGCAGAGUACAUAUGGAUUGGUGGAUCCGGUAUGGACCUAAGAAGCAAAGCAAGAACUCUUGAAGGACCAGUUGAUGAUCCUUCAAAGUUACCCAAGUGGAAUUACGAUGGUUCAAGCACAGGUCAAGCUCCCGGAGAAGACAGUGAAGUGAUUUUAUACCCUCAAGCAAUUUUCAAGGACCCAUUUAGGAGAGGCAACAACAUAUUGGUCAUCUGUGAUGCCUAUACUCCGGCAGGAGAAGCCAUUCCUACAAACAAGAGAAGUGCUGCUGCAAAGAUUUUCAGCCAUCCUGAUGUAGUUGCUGAGGAACCUUGGUAUGGUAUCGAGCAAGAAUACACCUUACUGAAGAAAGAAGUCCACUGGCCCAUUGGGUGGCCUGUCGGGGGUUUCCCUGGCCCUCAGGGACCAUACUACUGUGGUAUCGGUGCUGACAAAGCUUUCGGACGAGACAUUGUUGAUGCUCACUACAAGGCCUGCUUGUAUGCAGGCAUCAACAUUAGUGGCAUUAACGGAGAGGUUAUGCCAGGGCAGUGGGAAUUCCAAGUAGGGCCUUCUGUCGGUAUAUCUGCUGGAGACGAGUUGUGGGCUGCUCGUUACAUUCUGGAGAGGAUAACAGAAAUUGCUGGAGUUGUCGUUUCCUUUGAUCCAAAGCCAAUUCCGGGUGAUUGGAAUGGUGCUGGUGCUCACACAAAUUACAGUACCAAGUCUAUGAGGAACGAUGGAGGGUACGAGAUCAUCAAGAAGGCCAUUGAAAAGCUUGGAUUGAAGCACAAAGAGCAUAUUUCUGCAUAUGGAGAAGGCAAUGAGCGUCGUCUAACUGGUCGACAUGAAACUGCCGACAUCAACACUUUCUUAUGGGGUGUUGCAAACCGAGGUGCAUCUAUUCGAGUUGGCCGUGACACCGAGAAGGCAGGUAAAGGCUAUUUUGAAGACAGGAGACCUGCUUCAAACAUGGACCCUUAUGUAGUCACUUCCAUGAUCGCCGAAACCACCCUUCUUUGGAAGCCGUAAGUUACAAGUUGUGCCACCUUCGCCCUGUCAUUGUAAUUUCAGGGUUUGGGAAAAAAUAAAAAAAAAAUCAUUCAAAGCAUCCAUUUAGUCGAAUCUAUGUGUUGCUAGCAUCAGAGGCUAGUUUUUUCUUAAUUUUCUUUAGUCUGUCGUCUUUAUUGGGUUACCUUCACCUCUCUCAAGUAGCAAGUUGAGUAUUAUCGUCUGUGUUUGGAAUAAUGGUCAAAUAAUACAUAGCAUGAAAAUGGCUUGUUUAAGUAUAGUUAAUUUUAUAUUGUGGUGCUGGUGUGAAUGUUCAUGACUUGUUUGUUUCCAAAUGAAAUGUUUUAAAGUUUUUU